GGAGUUUGACUUUGUACCUCCAUCCAGAGGCUGCAGUCGGAAUUACAAAAAAAGAGAGGGAGCGAGGGAGCGAGGCGGCCGGCGGGCAGCGAGCCGGGAGGAGGCGGCCGGCGGGCAGCGAGCCGGGAGGAGGCGGCCGCCGCUGCUGCGCCCCGGGCUGCUGCGCCCCUCUCCUCCGCGCCAUGGCGGGCUGGGCGCCCCUGCGCGGCUCCGCCGCCCCGCCCGCAGCGGCUCCGGCCCGGGGGGAGGACGAGGACGGGGACUGAUUGCCCGCAGCGCCCGCCGCAGCCCCCCCCCCCCCGCCCCCGCCAGUGCCGCUACCUGGGCGCCGUGGGGACGCGCGGCUCCCGGGAGCCCGGCCCGCGCCCCGGCCCGCCCGCGGCCGCGGCGCCGCUAUGGGCGGGAUGAGCCCCUGGAACUUGGUCCUGCAGACUUUCUUCCUCCUGCCGGCGGCCGGAGCCCAGCGCGGGGGCCCCGCUCCCGGAGACUACGCGCGGGCGGCCCCCGCUCCGGCCCCGGCGGCGGGAGCCUGCAAGCCCGGGAGGCAGAGUGAGUUGAACUCUUUCUUAUGGACUAUCAAGAGAGACCCGCCCUCGUACUUCUUUGGGACGAUCCACGUGCCCUACACGCGGGUCUGGGACUACAUUCCCGAGAACUCCAAGGCGGCCUUCCAGCAGAGCAGCAUCGUGUACUUUGAGCUGGACCUCACGGACCCUUACACCAUCUCGGCCCUCACCAGCUGCCAGAUGCUGCCUCAGGGCGAGAACCUCCAGGAUGUGCUGCCCCAGGACAUCUACUGCCGGCUCAAGCGCCACCUGGACUAUGUGAAGCUGAUGAUGCCCUCGUGGAUGACCCCGGAUCAGCGUGGGAAGGGCCUCUACGCCGACUACCUGUUCAACGCCAUCGCGGGGAACUGGGAGAGGAAGAGACCUGUGUGGGUGAUGCUGAUGGUGAAUUCCCUGACCGAGGUGGACAUUAAAUCCCGGGGGGUGCCGGUGCUGGAUCUCUACCUUGCCCAGGAGGCCGAGCGCCUCAGGAAACGGACCGGGGCGGUCGAGAAAGUCGAGGAGCAGUGUCAUCCUCUGAAUGGGCUGAACUUUUCUCAGGUGAUCUUUGCCUUGAAUCAAACCCUCCUGCAGCAAGAGAGUCUGCGAGCUGGAAGCCUGCAGACCCCCUACACUACAGAGGACCUGAUCAAGCAUUAUAACUGUGGCGACCUCAACUCCAUCAUUUUUAGCCAUGAUAAUUCACAGGUUCCCAAUUUCAUUAAUGCUACCUUGCCGCCUCAGGAGCGGAUCACUGCUCAGGAGAUUGACAGCUAUUUCCGCCAGGAGCUCAUCUACAAAAGAAAUGAGCGAAUGGGGAAGCGAGUAAAGGCCCUCUUGGAGGAGUACCCUGAUAAAGGCUUUUUCUUUGCCUUUGGUGCUGGUCAUUUCAUGGGCAACGACACAGUGCUUGAUGUUUUGAGGAGAGAAGGGUAUGAGGUAGAACACAUCCCUGCCGGACAACCUAUCAACAACGAGAAGCCCCGGAGAGCCCCUUGCACUCUGUCCCCGCCUCCCCCUGCCCGCGCGCCCCACGGGGCGGCCAAGGCGCCCCGCCCCCUCGGGCGGCCCGGGGAGGAGGAGGAGGAGGACGGGGAGGAGGAGGAGGAGGAGGAAGAGCUGCUGCCCCACCUGCUCCUGCCCGGGAAUGCCGACCUGCUGGAGAAGAUGGACAGGAAGUACAGGAGAAAAAGGAAGAAGCAGCUGAAGAAGCAGCGGCUGCGGCAGUUCAGUGACCUGUGGGUGCGCCUGGAGGAGGGUGCCCCAGCUCCGCUUCCUCGGAUUCGAAUUGUCAAUGGGUACAUCACGGUGGAGCCCCUGCUGCCGGGCCACAGGAGAUCGCUCCAUACCCAGACGGUGUCGAACAGCGCCUGCCUGUCCCUCUGGACGCUUCUGUUUUGGUUGUUGACUCUGGCGCUUCAAACAGAGAUCACACUUUUCUGAGACGAAACCCCAGGGGUGCGUCAUUAUAUAAGGGCCUGAAAAGCAGAAGGCCUUUACACCUGUUACUUGAAAGGACCCGACCCUUCCGGCCAGGGCCGUCUCACCUGUGUGACAGCCCUGUGGGGAGGACGCUUUGAGUGAAAGCCAUUUAGUUUAAUUCUUCUCUUCUGAAGAAUGACAUCCAUGUUAUCCCAGAAUGCUUUGGGGAGAUGUAUCAUGUUGUAAGAUAGCUGUAAUUUAGUUCUGUGGAAAUCAUUAAAUACGUUUUGUCUGGACUUUUACUUUUUCUGCUCCUGUGCUGCUGCAGGAAUAUACUAUGCAAAUAGGGUUCGAGUUCCACCUGGGACACUUUGUGGCUGUAUGACCCUGGUCAUUUUCUUGGGAAAUCUCUGAGACUGUAUGUGGCCAAGUGGAGGCUAAUGUGUGUUGUUAGAGGAAGUUAGUCUGGGGAGUAUCCUGCCUGCAGAGUCAGUAAGCAUUUAUUAGGCACCUGCUGUGUACCAGGCUCUGUGCUAAUUACUGAGGAUACAAAGGACAAAAGUAGACUCAGUCCUCCAGGAGCUCACAUACUGAUGGGGGCAAAUAACAGGUAUAGAAAAACUCACCAUAAGCUUGAACUGUGCUCAUUCUGAAUUUACAGAUAAAGAAACUGAGGCACACAGAGAAGGGCAGGGACAUGUUCAGAUUCAUGGUCCUGGGUCUCCUAUCCAAGGCUCUCUCCACUCUACCCCAUUGCUUUAUAUAGCCAAGCAAGUGCAGUUGCUAGUAUGAUGCUUUUGAUAUUUGGGAAAUUUUUACAAUAUUUAAAAAAGAUAAUAAAGCCCUAUUCUCUCACCUUUCUCAUUCUCAGCUGUCAAAAGGGGGUCUUAGAAGAGUUCUAGCUGUAAACCACCCCGCAGCCACAAAAUGAGGUUAGGUCUCUCAGAGCCAGGGAGAAAUCCUUCCCAGACUCAGUUUCCCCAGCUGAAAAGUAAGGGGAGAUGGUGUUAGAAGAGUUCUGAGGAUCCAUGGGGAGACCUCACUUCCUGGUUUUCCUGUUCUGUAGAAGGAAAACGACAGCCUUGGAGGGGGAUUCCACGUUCCCCCUUCCUCAUGACAUCAGUCAUGUUUUAGCUGAAACUCUUCCCCCAUUCCUUCUAAGACUAUGACUUCAUUGCAGUGGAUGUUACCCACCCCCAUCCAGGUCUCCUUGAAUCUUAGUGAACAGCCUCCCAUAGUCUGUGGGGCUGAAGCGUUUAUCACCCCAAGGCCAGCUGCAGUGGCAGCCCACUGAAUUUUGCUGAGGUCGUCAUCAUCUGUCCCUGGGCCUGCCAGGGUUUGCUGGCAUAGCCUCCAAGAACCCAAGGUCAUCUCUAAACCAGGAUGAGAUGUCAGAAAUUGCUAAAAAUAAUAGGACCCUUUCAGAACUCAAUUCCCACCUCCCACCACUCCCCUCUCCCUAUAGCCACUACUACCUCUAUUUUAAUUUAAUUUUAUUGAUA